AUGACGCCUAGAGUCAAGAGAGUGUGUGUGAGGUUCCAGUUGAGCGAAGAUCUAUCCUCUCAACUUCAAGUCAUUUGGGAGCAUAAGGUCUGGAAAUUGUUCGACUGGUCAAGAGGAUCCUGGCCUGUGAUACAGGGAAGUAGUGACUUCGGCGAAGCCAGGGAUGAGGAUUCUGCUCACCCUGAGUAUGAGCUGCUGCAGGACGAAACCAUUUUAUUCAAUGCGUCACAAUCUAAGGAUUUUGACGAUGAGCAAGGUGAAGAAGAAGUCUAUAGUGAUGACGAAGACGAAGAUACUGAUUCGAUGUUCGGAUACGACGAGGUCGACCGUGACAACUCCGAGGUUGCAGGCAACCAAGCCGAAGCCGAUGAGAACCACCAUGCUGAUCGAGCUUCGAAGAUGCGGGAUGAGUCUGACACG